UCGAUCUUUGCCUGCUGUGUUUACACAUUGACACUUGUUGGGCUCCAUGUGUCCGUUCACACUGACCGACUCACCGGCAAAUGAAGAAACCCCCUCUGGGAACACAUUUUGCACAUGAUACGGUGGACUCUUUUAAGGUGGACGGAUAAGGACAGAAUACCCGUCAGUUACCUGGAAAAGGGAGUGACCAGGCUGUGAUUAACUCACCUGGGCAUCACCACAGCCCACUGCCCACCUGAUCUGCCUGGCCGUGAAGUUUAUUGGACUGAAGAUUAUCCAGAGGUAGAGGCUAAAGCUCUGAGCCGACUGAUUGAAGGAUCCCACCGACAUGGGGAAGCAGAACAGCAAGCUCCGUCCUGAGGUGAUGCAGGACCUGCUGGAAAGCACCGACUUCACCGAGCACGAGAUCCAGGAGUGGUACAAGGGCUUCCUGAGGGACUGCCCCAGCGGGAAUCUGUCCAUGGAGGAGUUCAAGAAGAUCUACGGUAACUUCUUCCCUUACGGCGACGCGUCAAAAUUCGCCGAGCACGUCUUCCGCACGUUUGACGCUAACGGCGACGGGACAAUAGACUUCAGGGAGUUUAUCAUCGCGCUGAGCGUGACGUCACGUGGAAAGCUGGAGCAGAAGCUGAAAUGGGCCUUCAGCAUGUACGACCUGGACGGGAACGGGUACAUCAGUAAAGCUGAGAUGCUGGAGAUCGUACAGGCAAUCUACAAGAUGGUUUCCUCUGUGAUGAAAAUGCCUGAGGACGAGUCGACACCUGAGAAGAGGACAGAGAAGAUCUUCAGGCAGAUGGACACCAACCGAGACGGUAAACUGUCUCUGGAGGAGUUCAUCAAAGGUGCGAAGAGCGACCCCUCCAUCGUCCGCCUGUUGCAGUGCGACCCCAGCAGCGCCGGACAGUUCUAAACCUGAGGCAUCAACACAAACUUGCUUCUUUGGGUGACUCUGGAUGCCCUUAACCCUCCACUAUGGAGCAGACUGAUGAUGAAGAAUGACGAGCUGUUGAGGAUGAAGACGACAAGCCUUCAGUAUGAACUGAGGACUUCAAUGACGGGCACAUUAGCUAUAUUCUCCAGUCCCUAAACCCAGCCCCUUCACCCCCUUGAAAAAAACCUGAGCUGUUAAUAUAAACCCCUCCAUAAACCUGGACCUGAACACUUUCCCAAACAGGUUUCCAAACCCCGUGUGUUGUUCCUGACCCUCAGUCCUCCUAUAGGCAUGUCAGAGGAUGAAGAUGGUCCACAGUAGGUUGUAUAUACAGUAUCAACUGGAGUCUCUGUAUUAGUGUCUUUGCUUGGUUUCUGUGCCCGUUCGAGGGUUCAGCACAGAGCCUUUAUCACUCUUAUGUGUAUCAUAAACAGAGUGUGUGCAUGAGACGACUAGAGAGAGAGAAAGAGAUCACGGUGAAUAACUUUAAGGACAUACUGUAGGUGAGAUUUAAACGUUUAACCCUCAGACAGGACUUGUGAAGUUUCUCCUUCACUCAGAUCGAGUACUGCUUGUAGUUUCCUCUUUUCUACUGUGAGAAUGUGUAAGUGUGUUUGUGUAUUAAGAAAACUUGAUAGACUUGUUUUAUAUUUUGUGCUGGGACAAGAAAAUGUACAAUUAUGCUACUAUGCAUACGCGCCCUAAUAAGUAGUUUAAUUUUGUGACGUCUCACUAAUUUAAUAAGGAUGACGCAUCCCUUUAUCCAUCAUCUGUUCCAGUGGUUUUUCAUAUCAGUAUGAAUUAGACGGAAAUAAUUUCAGAGCGGCGGCAUGUGACUGCGCUCUAGCUAAAGGAAGGAAUAGAAAAGUAGUCUUUUUAAAAUAUUUCAGUACAGUGUAGAUAUGUUGACGUAAAGCGAUUCAGAUAGUCCAGGAUGCUAUGUUUCAGAACAAAUGUUGUGAAAUAAUAAACCUGUUUGUAAUUUAAGCUGUUGCAGGAUAUCAAGCAUGCAAAUCAGUUCCUUCUUUGAUUAUGUGAAGAACAAAUUCCCACUUCUUCAUGCUCACUUUUCGGUGUUUUUAAAAGCCGCAUGUUGAUUCAGUUGUUUGAACAGUUGGGUACAGGGGUGCAUAGACUUAAUAACACAUAUGCAUGUGACUAAUGGGCAUGUGUGUGUUUACAUAUGUUUAUGGAUAUCAGUGGCUACCGGCCGAUCGCCCAUCCAGCUCUGUGCUUGCUUCUGUAUGUUUGUUUUGUCAUUGUUAGUACAACCAGUGGUCAGUGUUAUUGACAGCGAAUGGACUGCCAAAGCUGACGGAGACUCAACAUGGAAGGAAGACAACCACCGCGCACAACAGCCUGUACACAAAAACCCACGUACCAGUCACAGCUGACAGCGCUUUUCUGUUUGAUUAAUUAAAUUGUGGUAUUUGUAGGGCCAAACAGCAUUUACAUAUAACAAAUGAUAAACUAGUGCACACAUGUAUUGGACUGAUCUCAUCUCCUCACCUUCUGUUUGUCAUUUUCAGAAAAUCCACAGAAAAUAUUUGUAAAGAGAAUAAAAAUCUCUCCCUGUGAGAUCAUUUUCAGAAGCCGGACCGGGACCAGUGAAACCUUCCCUUGAAUGUACCGAGCCCUCCAUGGGUCAAUCCAUUUUAUCACAUUGUUUUCCAAUUAGAAAAGCUUUGAAUGUUUUACUAAAUAACUACUGUUUUCUUUUGUAAAGAAAGAAAAAAAAAAAGAGAAGCAGACAAACAACUGAGAAUCACAACUACUGCAAUGAUAUUGUCACAAUAUGUUGCUUUUAUUGUAUUUUUAUGAUUUUUUAAAUCUGCGUCAGGUGUAACAUUUCUGUUAAACACAAAAUAGCAUCUUGUGGUUAAGUGCCAAAUAAAAACAAGAACAGUAUUGUAUAAAUUUAUACUGUACAAUUGUUAACUGUUGAACAAAAUGUUUGUAAUUGUUGCAUUUUGUAGGUUUUGUAUGGUAUCCUGUAUUUAGUGACUGCCGUUUUGGAACACAGGAUUCUGUCUUUUGGUCAACUUUAAAAGGCAAGAAUUAAAUUUACAAUUUAUCGUGUGCAAGCAUAAA